GACUCAUUUAUGGACAAAAACUAAAGAGAAAUAUCAUCUAUAUUUUGCAAACUGCAACAACUCUGCAAAUAAACAGAAACAAAAAAUCAUCCAAUUCAAGAUUUAUCAUAUAAACUUCUCACCAAAACAUAAACAGAAAUCAAGAAACUCGCAUAAAAUAAUAUGCCCAUCACCAUUCCAGAAAGUGUUCUCAGCUCCAGCAGGCAGAAAAUGCCUCUGUUAGGCAUGGGAACAGCAGCUUCCCCUCCCCUGCCACCACAUCAAACUCAAGCAGCCCUCGUCGAAGCGAUCAAAAUCGGCUACAGACACUUCGACACAGCAUCACUCUACCGCACAGAGCACCCGCUCGGCCAAGCCGUAGCUGAAGCACUCUCUCUUGGUCUGAUCAAAUCAAGAGAUGAGCUUUUCAUCACCUCAAAGCUUUGGUGCAGUGAUGCUCAUGCCAACCUUGUUCUCCCUGCCCUUAAAAAGAGUCUCCAGAAUCUUGAGCUGGAUUACAUUGAUCUUUAUCUGAUUCAUUGGCCUGUUAGUUCAAGACCAGGGGUUUAUGAGUUCCCUAUAAAAGAGGAUGAUUUUUUAGCAAUGGAUUUUAAAGGUGUAUGGUCAGCUAUGGAAGAAUGUCAGAGACUGGGGCUGACUAAAUCCAUUGGUGUCAGUAAUUUCUCAUGUAAAAAGUUAUCAGAUAUUCUUGCAUUUGCUGAGAUACCUCCUGCUGUUAAUCAAGUAGAGAUAAACCCAGUCUGGAGACAAAACAAGCUAAUGGAGUUUUGUAAGGACAAAGGAAUCAUCUUGGAAGCUUAUGCACCUUUAGGAGCUAAAGGGACAAUUUGGGGUAGCAAUCGGGUUCUAGAAAAUGAUGUGCUUAAUGAGAUCGCAAUGGCGAAAGGAAAAACUGUUGCUCAGAUCUGCCUAAGGUGGGCACAUGAGCAGGGGGUGUGCGUAUUAGUGAAGAGUUUCAGCAAGGAAAGGAUGAAACAGAACCUUGACAUAUUCGACUGGGAAUUGAGUGAAGAAGAAUCCAGGAAGAUCAGUGAGAUUCCACAGAUCAGAAUAUGCCGCGGAGAAAAUUUUAUAUCAAACAAGGGACCUUUCACAACUGCGGAAGAGCUUUGGGAUGGUGAAAUUUGAUUUCGUGAUACAUUUUCAAUGUUGUUCUCUUGUCAUUCUUAUUUUCAUGUUCAAAAACGAAUGAUUUUGAAUCUUCAGGAGUUUAAAACUCGACACAAAACUAUGAACAAGCCAGAUAUAUGAGUUCCCCUUACAGGGUUCUGUGAAAA